AUCGCGUAUUUACAAACUCAAAAUUUCUUCAUUUAAAUUUAUUCUUGACCACGCCCCUUUAUCUGUAGUCAACAACUAGGAAUGAUAAAACACCUCUUCGUAAUCUCACAGGCGACAUGUUGAUUUUUUAUGUAGGUUCUGUGAAGCCGAUACGGAUCGCUGUCAUCGCUACAAAAAUGUCUUUGUAGUUAUCAGGGUGUAGGUCAUUUAAUUGUAGACUAAUAACAAAAUCGUGCUAUUUUUUGCAUGUUAUAAACGUUACAAAGAUAAAGAAGAGGAUUAGAUCCACCCGAAAUAGGGGUAGCUAUGCAAUUGGUGUCAGUUCCGUGGAGAUAAUAAGAGUGUGGUGAUGAUGUGGGCUCAGUGAUUGAAUACAGCGGCACCACGGCUUCCUCUGUGGCGGGUGGCGCGAGGGGAGCAGAGUCUCCCUCGCAGGCCAACCAAGACACGGUGGAUAACGCCACUCCCACCUGUUGGUGGGCUGCCUGGUCUGCAAUGGGGUGCUUCGGGUCGCCGGGCGCCAAGAGUGGCGAGGACGAUGCCAAGUCACAGAAGCGGCGGAGUGACGCUAUAACGCGGCAGCUUCAAAAGGAUAAGCAGCUAUACCGCGCCACACACCGGCUGCUGUUGCUCGGCGCGGGCGAGUCGGGCAAGUCGACGAUCGUGAAGCAAAUGCGCAUACUGCACGUCAACGGCUUCUCGGACAAGGAGCGGCGGGAGAAGAUAGAGGACAUCAAGAAGAAUAUUAGAGAUGCUAUACUUACAAUAACAGGUGCAAUGAGCACCCUCACACCGCCCAUACCACUCGAGAAGCCUGAGAAUAAAGCUAGAGUCGACUACAUACAAGAUGUAGCGUCCCAACCAGACUUCGACUACCCGGCCGAGUUCUACGAGCACACGGAGGAGCUGUGGAAGGAUCACGGCGUGCAGCGCACGUACGAGAGGAGCAACGAGUACCAGCUCAUCGAUUGUGCCAAGUAUUUCCUGGACAAGGUGCACAUCAUAAAGCAGCCGGACUACACGCCCACGGAGCAGGACAUACUGCGCUGUCGUGUGCUCACCUCGGGCAUAUUCGAGACGCAGUUCGUCGUCGAUAAAGUCAAUUUCCAUAUGUUCGACGUCGGCGGGCAACGUGACGAGCGCCGCAAGUGGAUACAGUGUUUCAAUGACGUCACAGCGAUAAUAUUCGUCACCGCCUGCUCGUCAUACAACAUGGUGCUGCGGGAGGACCCCACGCAGAACCGGCUCAGGGAGUCGCUCGAUCUGUUCAAGAGCAUAUGGAAUAAUCGAUGGCUGCGCACGAUAUCCGUGAUCCUGUUCCUGAACAAGCAGGACCUGCUCGCGGAGAAGGUGCUGGCCGGCAAGUCGCGGCUGGAGGAGUACUUCGCGGAGUUCGCGCGCUACCAGACCCCGCCCGACGCCGCGCCCGACCCGCGCGACCACGCCGACGUGGCGCGCGCCAAGUACUUCAUACGGGACGAGUUCCUGCGUAUAAGCACGGCGAGCGGCGAGGGCAAGCACUACUGCUACCCGCACUUCACGUGCGCGGUCGACACUGAGAACAUCAAGCGUGUGUUCAACGACUGCCGCGACAUCAUACAGCGGAUGCACCUGCGCCAGUACGAGCUGCUCUAACGUGAAAACCACGAGGGCACAACGCCGGCGCUGGCUUGACCCCGGCGGGCGACAACGUAUGACACCAAACGAAUACGACAGCAAUAUUUACAUAAUAUACUACAUCUAUAUGUGUAACGCUCCAAUUUAAGUAACGUUAUGUACAUUAAGGCUCAACAUACACUUCGUCGCGGUAAAUUAGUUGCGAAGUCGCUGUGUGUACACAGCCUUAUAUCUCUUGCACAUUAUCCAUCGACUGUAAGAUUUAAAAAAAAAGUUUUUUUUUUCAUUCAGAACCCUUUCUAGCGUACGAACGUAUCGAUAGUUCAUUUGAAAUUAGAACGUAAUUUUUUUUUUCGAUAAUGUGCAAAAGGUUCUUUUCGACCGCCGAGCGGCCAGUGUCACUGUGAUUCUUCUUCUGUCGUUCGCAUGGUGUUUCCGAACGUACAGCACGCUGGCAAUCUGAAUUUGUAUAAAAAAAAUAAUAUGAAUUUGUAUUUAGAACUCGUUCUGAUAUCGGCUCGAUUGUUGCGUGUGGCUGUAUAACUGGAUACCUUUGCCAAGUGAAUACGUUUUGUGACAUGUCAAAAAUUAUUUGGCGGCAAAAUAUUUGAAAAAAAAAAAAAGAAAUCGAUUUCAUUUCGAAAUUUUAUAGGUUAAGUCUAUGAUUACGUGUCAGAAGUAAAUAGGGUAGUUGCAAUAUUCAAUAUACAUAUAAUAUUUAGUUUAGUUGUGCAGAAUCGAGCCUGUAUCUUAGCGUAGGGCAGCUAUUAGAGAAAGUCAUUUUAUAUUGAGGAUCAUACGUUUUUUCGGUUCACAUUGAGGCUACAACAUAGUAUUUUGUAUAGAAGGCACAAUUAGCGUAGCGAUCUUACGCAUUUCUUUUAUUAAUGCAUAUCACAGCGUACAUGAAAUAUACUAUUUAUUGUUAUUUUUAAACUGGCAACAUUUUUUAAUAUGUUAGUAACUGCAUUGUUUUUGCGUAAAUUUUAUUCGAUUUUAUAUUAUUAUAAUAUAUUAAUUAAUGAUAAUAUUUUAAUUUUUAAUAGUAAAAGUAAUUGCGAUGUCGCCAGUUUAAUUUUUUUCUGUCGUUGACUUUUGUAGAAAAAUAUACACAGAGUAUAUUAUUGUUUAUCUAGCACAUGUUUUUUUACAAAUGUUUAGAUUUUUUUUUUUUGAUUAUGUACGUUCGAUAAUAAUUAUUAUUUUACGUUAUUUUUAUUUUCGAGGACUAAUUGCAAUAACAAAUGUUUUCUGUAUGUUUUCGCAUAGUUUUUAAGUUUAAUUUUAUAUAUAAUUAUUUAAUUAUUUGUUUAAGUUUACGUCUUCCAUAAUAUGUAUGAUAUUUUUUUGCGAUUUUUUUUUAAUUAUUUUCAUUUUAUUGGAUGACUAGCGCACAUUUUGGAAAUAAUUGUACUAAGCAAGAGCUUUGCUGCGUAGAUUUAAAUUAGUUUAAAGAGUUAUUUAAUAUAUGGAGCUUUUAAUAAUAAUAAGGUCCAAAGAUUUAUUCGCCGGCCGUAUGUAAUGCGGUGUAAUGAAAAAAAAAUUAUUUAGCAGUAUUUUUAAUUAUUUUUUUUCCCCGAAAUCAGUCUAUAUUAAGGCAAUCUUUAGCCCUAAGUACAAAUGUAACUAACAUUACGGUAUAAUUAUUAAUAUUUACAAUUAUGAUUUAUUUAUAAAAUUGGUUUAUGUACUUACACUUUGUUGAAAUGCCUUUAAAAUUUAUUAUUUUUUUCGUUGUUAUUUCAACAAUUAUUAAAAAUGGUUUAUUAAAUUUCUUUGCAUUCUCUUAAUCAUAACGGUUAUUUGUACAUUGAAAUAAAAUAAAAUCAAUGGUCCUUAAUAUAAGAGAGUCGAUGCUGGCGAAAUAUGUGCCAUAAUGAUGUCUUGAUAGCGGAAACACCAUACUAAUAAUGUUACCAUAUAUAAAAAACAUCGUCUACAGAUUAUAAAAACUCAAUCCUUCCUAGUACCUUGUAAAUUAACAAAUAACUAUUUUGCUUUCUAUUGAAUAACAUUUUGUCGUUAUUUUUAAUAUAUUUCAUAUUAUGAGGAUUGUAUUUUUUUUUCUAUCGUGUUAAGUUUUCUCUUUGUAAGUAGAAAAAUAUAGCGUAUGUUUAAAAUAAAAGUAUAUAUUAUUUCACACAUUUCGUGGUGCGUAGGGUCGUUCGAAAUUAUCAUCACAAAAUUUAUAUUUUUGACUUAAAUUUCGAUAUAAGGAAAAUUCCAUUUGGUUUAAUAUUUUAAAUUUCACAAGUCGGUAAGUACUCGGCCGUUUUAAAGAUCUGCGUUUAACAAACGACCGGCUCUGACACCGAAAACAUAGAGUUCAUCUUGUAAUUUAUUAAAAUGGCAUCUUAAACUUAUUGUAUAUGCAACUUAAAAAAAAAAACUAUUUCGUAGCUAUUUUAAGUAAGUUAGUGUAUCGCGAUAAAUCGAAAACAAAUAUGUGUAAUGUAGACUGCUGGAGUGAGGUUUCUUUGUCCCUUGCAAGUCUACUGUCCACUAGUCGGGUGCAAUUUAUAGAGAUGAGGUUUUUUUUUUUCGAAAAUAUCACACUAGACUUUUUUCUGCAUACAAUUAUGGCGAAUUCGAAUGUAGCAACACAGAACACGGUUUUUUUGAUCUAUUUCAAUAAGUUUUCUCAAAAAAAAAACGAAAAUAAUUUUGACGUAACUAUAAUACGCGAAUCUCAUGAUGCCAUGCCGGUUGCGCGCCAAAAUUUGACGUAUGUUUUUCUUAUUAUCUAUGGUUACAGAUAAUUAAUAUUGUAACUUUUUCUUCUUAUUAGAGUGCAAUAUUUUUUUUUAUAAUCAUAUUUUAAUGGAUUUUUGUCACAAUCUGUACAUUUCUGUCCGAUCCCUGCUACUACGUAAAAUUUAAGUAAACGCAAUAACAAGUGAGUCAUGUAAUAUGUAUAAAGUAGUAUAUAGCAUAUUUUCUAUGUUUUUCGAUAUGUAGAUGAUAUACUGCCAGUGUCGAUGUCAAAGUUAUUGAAAGUAAUAAGGUGUAAAGUUAAGAUGUUUCCGGAACAACGUGCGGUCAGAACGUCUCUAAAACCUCAUGCACACGAAAGGUCAUCGAAGCGAAAGGACAUCUAUGCAAAACGUUGCAAACGGUGUGGACGAGCCUUUAGUGUGCACAUAGACUAACGGAGGCCAUAAAAAAAUCUCUUCAUAACGGGAACUUAGCGUAGACGUAAUAUUAAAUUUAGUUUUGCGUGAUCAACUCCUCGACUAGUAGUAAUGUAACGUCCGUUGCCAAUAACCAAAUAGUAUUGAACAAUUCCUCCCUUUUUUAAUAUAUCUUUCAUAGUAGAUAAGUGAAUGUACUUGCGCACAAUAUGUUUGUGAGGGAAAUGAUUCAACUUUCGUUUGAAUUCUAAAGUGCAGAUAUAGUCUGCAAAAUAUUUUUUGGUAAUAUUUUAUCUGUCGCAGACCAAAGUCGCGUCCCUUACUCGCUAAUGUUUAAAUAAAUCGCAUUUAACUACUGCUCAUUGAAUUCUUUUCAUCGUAGUAUGAUGUGUUUUCACGACUAUAAUACGUUAAUUUAAUUUUCAUUUUAGGGUAUUUCGUAAUAAUUGUAAAGCGACACUUUUAGAGUUUUGAAUCAGCACAUUUCAUUGUUUACUGACGGACUGCGGGUCAUUGUGUAUUUACUCUUAAUACUUAUGUUUAAAUAUAUUCUGAAAAAUCUAUAUUUUUAACUAAUUUAAUUUUUAAAAUAUACCUAAUUAAUAAAAUUCCUAAAAUUAAAAAUAAAAUUUUUAAUAUUUAUGUGUAUAGUAGUGUCUACUGCGAGGUGAUCAUUGAAUAACAAACGCUUAUAAUUUUUAUUGUUUCCAGAGAAUCGCAAAGAUUAUAUUAUUUACUGUCCAUGAAAUUAAUCUAUAACUGAUGUGUACACAAAAAUCAGUAUGUUUCAGGCAUUUUGAAUCCGACUUAAUGUAUGUAAAAAUAAAUGUUGUUUUAAAAU